AUGUUGAAGAAGCAGCUCAGCAGACAGGAUGUGAUUGUGAAAGAGAUUGAAGCAGGUGGAAUUGCAUUUCAUAGCAGAUACAUAAAGUCUGCUGAGAAUAUACUCUUGCAGAAUAUGAGAAAGGUGAUACCCAAACCAAGAAAAUGUUCAGAGAAAUGGAUUUGUUCCAGUGUACCUAAGAAUGAAUGGGAUUCUAAAUCUGUUAAAGAAUGUUCUGCGGAAUACCUAACACAUAACAUGAUGUCACCAGUAUUAUUUGCAGAUGCACUGUCUAUGGUACCACACAAUGCAUUUGUAAUAGAAAUAGCUCCACGAGGAAUACUGCAAAGCGUAAUGCGUGGGGGACUACCUGGGUCUGUGACAAUAGCAAGUGCAAUGUCACGUUAUGACAACUCUUUGUUGCAGUAUUCUCUUGUUCUGGGAAGAUUGUAUUUGUCUGGAUCACAAAUAUGUCUUACAAAACUCUACCCUCACAUUGGAUACCCAGUCCCUGCUGGAACACCACAUAUUUCACCUCUAACAAUAUGGAACCAUGAUCAAGAGUGGUUUGUACCAAUUUUCUCUGACAAGGAUUUUCUAAAUAAACAGUGCGACAAGUAUGAGAUUGAUCUGAACAAGCAUGAAGAUGAGUGGUACAAGGGUCAUACAAUUGAUGGAAGAAUAUUAUUCCCAGCAACAGGAUAUCUGGUUCUCGCUUGGAAGACAUUGGCAGCACAUAAAGGCUUCAAGUAUGAAACUAUGCCAGUCAUUUUUCACAAUGUGCACUUUCAGAGGGCAACUGUGUUUCCUUCCACUGGGAAACUCACUUUCUUUGUUGAGAUGAUCUUUACAGAAGGACAAUUCAUUAUUUGUGAAAGUGACCAAAUAGUUGUGUCUGGUCAGAUAUUUGUCUGCCAGGAACCAGAGAAGGAAUUUAUUUGCCUGAAUAAAGCUUCCCAGACUGGUGAACGAAGUACUAUGCCCUUACUCAAGAGCAAGGAAGCGUAUUUGGAUUUGCGUUUACAUGGGUAUCAAUACACAGGAGUCUUCAAGGGAAUGUUGGAAAUAGAUGGUAUGAAAACUGAUCUGAAAUAUUUUAUGUGUGUUUGUCAUAAAACAGCAUAUAAGCAAUUUCUUUAA